AUGUCGACAACCACUCCCUCGCGAAGCACGUACCACAACCCGACGGGAUCUGCGUCUCGCACAGCAGCAGCAGCAGGAGCAGAAUGCACCCCCGAGAUGCGCGACCGCCAAGCGCGCGGCAAGGACCCCUACAAGGACAGCGAGAGCGACUGCGACGACGGGCCGGAGAGACGGGUGCGCCUGGGCAGAGGGGUCAAGACGGAGCCGUUCGAGGACAAGGAGCGGCGGGGCUUUGCGCUGAGCGUGCUGGACAGCCCCGAGUCGCUGAUGAUGUAUGCCCUGAGUGCGGGCGAUAGCGUGCCCGGGCAGAGGUUGCGGUUUACGGCGAUGCUGUGCGGGUUUGAGGAGCGGCGGAAGGGUAAGGAGGUGGCGGGGAGGGAGAGGGAGAGGGAGAGGGAUCGCGACAAGGAGAGGGAACGGGAGAGGAGGAGAUGA